GUAGUUUCUGCCUUUUUAGGCCUCCGUUCUUUUCCUCUUUCAGCUGCUGAUGUUGUCUGUUACUUUAAUGACUCUGAAAAGUUGAUUUUCACAUCAACCAGCCAAAAGUUUUUUUUUUUUCCAUUUAUUUUCCUUUCACAUCUGUCUGGAGUUGAGACAUCCAUCUGACUGACAGAGAGGUGAACAUCUGCAGAGAUCUGACAGCGCUCCACGUGUUCCAGCAUCUGCUCUUCAUUUCAAGUCUUAAAGAGGAGUCUCUCCAUCGAGCGAAAGUAGAUCAACACUGGUGAACAAAAUGGAGCUUCAAAAAAACGGCCACAGCAGAGAUGAAGGGUUUGAUGGGGUUGAAGUCAUUCCAGAACUUGAAGAGUGUCUCCCUCAUAAACCAGGAGCAAAGAAAGAAGUUCACUUUACAGACUUUGAGGGAAAGACUUCAUUUGGCAUGUCCAUCUUUAACCUCAGCAACGCCAUCAUGGGCAGUGGAAUUCUGGGAUUGGCUUUUGCCAUGGCCAACACCGGAAUCGUUCUCUUUUUAAUCCUGUUGGUGUGCAUCGCUCUCCUGUCUGCAUAUUCAAUUCAUCUCAUGCUCAGAAGUGCUGGAGUUGUUGGUAUUCGUGCUUAUGAGCAGCUCGGACAACGUGCUUUUGGCCACCCUGGAAAACUGCUUGCCGCCUGCGUCAUAACAGUGCACAACAUUGGAGCAAUGUCCAGUUACCUGUUCAUCGUAAAGUCUGAGCUCCCCCUGGUCAUUCAGUCCUUCCUUAGUAAAACUGAAAGCACAGGAGAGUGGUUCUUGAAUGGAAACUACCUGAUCAUCAUUGUUAGUGCUCUUGUCAUUCUUCCUCUAGCAGUCAUGAGACGACUUGGUUACCUGGGCUACACAAGUGGCUUCUCUCUCACCUGCAUGGUGUUUUUCCUCAUUUCUGUUAUUUACAAGAAAUUCAACAUCCCAUGUCCGCUUUCUGUCAAACCAGCCAACACAACUCCUCCUAUGAGCAACUUAUCUGUUCAUAGUGAGACAAAUGUCACCUGUGAGGCCAAACUGCUCACUAUGAACUCAGAGACUGCAUACACCAUCCCAAUCCUGGCUUUUGCUUUUGUCUGCCACCCAGAGGUGCUACCAAUCUACACGGAGCUACGGAAUGCCACCAAGAAGCGCAUGCAGGCUGUUGCCAACAUUUCCAUCCUGGCCAUGUUUGUCAUGUACCUGCUGACGGCUAUUUUCGGUUACCUCACGUUUUACACUGGUGUGGAGGAAGAACUACUGCAUACUUACGCUAAGGUGGACCCUCUGAAUGUCCUGACCCUCAGUGUGCGUCUGUCUGUGCUGGUGGCUGUCACUCUGACAGUACCCGUGGUUCUUUUCCCGAUCCGCAGGGCCUUGCUUCAGAUCUUCUUCCCUGAUAAGCCUUUCCACUGGGCCAGACACAUCAUCAUUGCAGUCUGUCUCGUCGUCUUUGCUGACCUGCUGGUUAUACUUGUUCCUUCCAUCAAAGACAUCUUCGGGGUCAUUGGAGCUACAUCUGCGCCCAGUCUCAUUUUCAUCCUUCCUGCAAUCUUCUACAUCCGAAUUGUUCCUCAGGACCAGGAGCCUUUGAAGUCAAGACCCAAAAUUCAGGCCGCAUGCUUUGCUGCAUUAGGAUUCGUCUUCAUGGUCAUGAGCCUGUCAUUUAUCAUCAUUGGCUGGGCCACUGGAAAGUCUCGGGCAAGAGGACACUAGUUUGACGCUGACCGAAGAGUUACUGCAAACAGAAUGUCAACCAAAACUCCCCCUGUAAUCGAAUUAACGCAAUCUGCUGAGUUCUUGUCCAAAGUCCGUCAGUGCACGACGAAGGAUAAAUGUGAAGAAACUUUAGCAGCAUCAAAAUGAGGAAAACGUUUUGACGUGACAAAACUCCUGUAGUGUAGGGGAAAACACAGAGUACAAUGUGUUUUGACUGAAUGUAUCUGUCCCAGCCCAAAGUAAGGAUGCUGGUAUGUGUCAUAAAUCAAAUGGCAGAACAAAGAUGGCUGAGAGCAGCACGACUGGAAUAGAAAUCCUAUUUCAGAGUAUGGAUGAGUACAUUUCUAUUGAAUACCUCAGUCAGUGCAUUCAUCCCUCCAGUAUACUUCCUUAAUAUUUCAACAGACAUUGUUAUCAAACAAAAAGACUUAUCAGUUCGUUCAUUCUGUUACAGUUUCCUUCAAUGCAAAAGACUUCAGCAAAAUGUUGCUCAAAUUUUUUUCAAGUUUAUUCAAGUUCAUCUAAAUUUAAGAAGCAGCUACUGGUUUGACCAGAAUGCUACUUUUGUGAAAUGGAACUCAGAUAAUGUGAUUUUUAAAGUUUUACUUUCCAUUUCUCCUUACAUCUGACAUGACUGAUGUAAAGGUGACUGUGUUCAAGGCUGAGCCUACAGGUGCCUAUCAAUCCGGUGCAAUGUGUAGGAUUUUGCUGUUGUUCAUGAAGGUCGUGAAGAGACAGUUUACUGACAAUCACUUGAGUCAACCCACAGAGAAGUGGUUUGCACAUGAAAAACGUUUUUGUGUAUUAUUCUAGCUGCAAACCAAAGGUCAUAUUUAUCAUGUUACAUUCAGAGAACAUAAAGCAUUUUUUCUAUCAUGUUCAGCUGUUUAGGCCAAAAAAUGUAAACAUCCAGUGUUGAAAAAGGCUGUUUCAUCAGCAACUAUUCAGUACGUUAAAAAACACACAUUGAUAAUAAUAAUAAAAAAAGAGUUGUUGUUGAAUAAUAAAAUUUGCCAAAAAA